CGGCAAACUCUGGUACUCGACACAAACACAGUAUAAUGGAAGACGUUAAUCCACCAUUGGCGCUACCUAUCUGGGCACCACCUAUCUGGGCUCCGACACACUCAAAUACAGAAAAUUCUUCAAUGCGUCCGUCUAAGGAGACAUCCAAACAAUACAAAAGGCUCCGGGUACUGGGAAAAAUUAAUGAAGGUAAAACUGCCUUACGUCGAGCAGCUAACGGGGGCCAUUUCAGAAUUAUUCAAUUACUGAUCUCUCAUAACACCGAUGUCGAUCGGAGAGAUGUGUCGCCAGUGGGACCAAAAACAGCUCUACACAUCGCCGCUCACAAUAAACACGUCGCGAUUGUCCAGAAGCUAUUACAGAAUGGGGCCGACAUGACCACUCGUGGUAAGGUGAGAGGCCCUCUUUUGAAUUUUGUAUUAUGGCUUAAACGGAGCAUUUCUAAUAAGAAUUAUGAGAUAAUCGACUUGAUACUCAAUCAAAAGGUAAAGCUCCAUCAGGCAGCUGAGAUCAAGGAUCUCAAGCUCAUCCGAUUUUUAGUAGACCAUGGAGCCGACUGUAACUACAUCAUCCCGACCAAUAAGAACUGCACUGUGUUACGCAAUACUGUGAUAUUUAAUCAAAUUGAUGCAUGCCAACUGGUUAUUAAGGUAAAGGCUCAGGUCAGUCCAAGCGCAUUCGCCCAAAACUCUUCUAUAGAUAUGGUUAAGCUUCUAAAUACGCACCUCAGCCAGUCAGAUAUAUCGACCAGUGGUAUUUUAAAUUAUGCUUCCGAGCCUAGCUUCAUACUUGAAGCCUUAUUAGAAUUCAACGCUGAUGCUCAUGUUCGCGGUUCUCAGGUAGUAUCUGGCUUAAAAUUCAAUAGUGACACACCAUCCCCAUUGAUUCGGCUUGCAUUAUACGACGGGAACAAACCUGACACAGAAAUCUUCAAGGUUCUUGUGAAAAUAGGGGUAGAUGUAAACACAAUCAAUUCCAAACACAACACAGCUCUACAUCAUUUUGCAAUGCAGAACAUGCAUAUCAGAAGUCCACGGGAAACCCUUACAACCUUCCAAUUACUCAUGAAAGCGGGUACAUUGACCAACUUGAUUAACUCACAAGGCAAAUCCUGCUUGGAAUUGUUUAGUUCAAGUGCAAAGUUUCGAGAAACUGUAGACGAGGUACUUCUAACCACGGUCUAG